CAACCUUGGGGUGCCAAACCUAUUUUUGGGCCAUUUUGAGACUUUUGAUCUCCAACCCUUUGUUUUUGGGGGGUCUGGUCCUAUAAAUAUAGGACUUGGACUCAUUUGUAGUCUCAAAUAUGAGACUUUUCCAAGACCAGAACUGAUUACUGUGCAUGGGGGCCAGCCCACUUGCUGUCUCAGCCCACAUGCCGAACCAACGCGCGGAACGAAGAAAUUGAAGGAAACGCGCGCCAAAGGGAGAAGGAAGAGAGAGCACGCUCGGAACGCGCGCUGGAGAGAGAAGAUUCCGAGCUUUCCGUCUGCAACCGUGGGCCCCUCGCCUGCGCAGCUGUCCCCUGGUGACCGUUGGAACCCCCAACGGUCAUGAAAUGCACGGUCCAGAUGUUGCAGAAAUCAAUUUGGACGGUCCGAUGUUACCUCUUUUUUUUUUUUUUUUUGACUGUAACGGAUCUAUUCAAGAUCCAAUGGUUCAGAUUAUUUGGAAAAAAAGUGAUGAACGGCUCUUAUUAAUUGAAGAGUUAUUAUUUCCUUUUUGUUCCAAAAAAAAUAAAAAAAAUUACCAGAAAAUUGGGGGAAAAAAUAUACCCGUUGGAACAGUGAAUUAUAGGAAAUUCUAUAAAUACCUACCCAUUCUUUUCUAUUUCCUCACACCAAAUAUCCUCCAUCUCCUUCACAAUUUUCCAUUCAUUGUUACAUCUUCUUGUUCUUAAAUAUAUCUUCCUUUUUUAUUUUGUCUUGGAAAAAAUGGCUCCAAGAGGGGAUUCUUGGAGGCACAAUGAAGAAGUUAUUCUUUGCCAAGCUUGGAUCACCGUUGGGGGUGAUGGUUGCAUCGGAAAAGAUCAAAAGUCGGAUUUAUUGUGGAGUCGUGUGGCGGAGGAGUACAAUGCUCACAAACCGGCCGGUUGCAUGGAGAGAACACAUUCUAGUUGCCACUCUCGUUGGAAGAGAAUAAGUUCGGCAUGUAUGAAGUGGCGCCAAGCUCUUAACAAGGUCGAACACUUUCAACGAAGAAGCGGCGAAAAUAUGGAGGACGAGCUCAUGAAUGUUAAAUCAACGUACUACGACUCGGAAGGUUGCGAUUUUGUGUUUGAGCAUUGUUGGCAAUACUUGAAAAAUACGGAAAAGUUUGGGAAAACGCCAUCAAUGGAAAACACCCACUUUAGUCCUAAUCAUGUCAACUUGGAUAGCGAUGAAACACCCACUACUGAGGAUGAGCUUCCCUCAUCAAGAAAGGCACGUCCUCAAGGACAGAAAGCUCAGAAGCUAGCUAAGAAAAAAAGCAAUAAGCAGGAUGCGGAUGGCCUACGAGUUCAAAUGCAGAAAUGUUAUGAACAAACCGAACGCGAGUACCAACAAAGGCAAAAACAGUUUGAGGAAGGUCAACUAAUUGAGCAACGCGCUGAGGAUGCUCGCACGAUGCAGGUGGAUCCAUCAAUUUUCACCCCAAGAAAGAGGAGUUAUUGGGAGAGGAAGCAACAACAAAUAAUUGAUAAGGAGGCCGAAACUUCAAGCAUCCCGGAACAAUCUCAAUAUCCUACACCCCCUGAAGGAGACAACACUGGAUUGACCACUUAUGAUCCACUUGGCGAGACAUCUUGGAUGUAA